AUGGCCGGCCUCACGGUACGCGAAAGACUAUAUGUCGUCGAACCGCGAGGACCGCACAGCCAUACCCUCAUCCUACUCCACGGGCUGGGCUCCAACGGCGAAAAGUUUGGCACGGAGCUGUUGGACACCGCCCUCACAUCAUCUGGCCACAAGCUCACAGACCUCCUCCCCGGCGCCCGCUUCGUUUUUCCCACUUCCAAGCGCCGUCGCUCUACGGCAUUUGGUCGCUCCAUGCUGACGCAGUGGUUUGACAUUGCCCGCCUCACAGAUCCUUUGUACCGCAAAGAACGACAGCUAGACGGGCUGGCCGAAUCUGCUCGAGAGAUAUUGGACAUCAUGGCGACGGAGCUCCAGAAGGUGCAGCCUCAAAACCUCAUCAUCGGGGGGCUGAGCCAGGGCUGCGCCAUGUCGCUUGCUAUACUGCUGUCCUUGGAACACCCUAUUGGUGGUUAUAUCGGUAUGAGCGGCUUUCUCACGUAUCAAGAUGAGCUUGAGGACGCUGUGCAGGACGACAUUGACAGCGACGACCCCUUCACACGUCCCAGUGAGUCGCAGGACGUGGCUGUGCAGGCUAGCCCCGUCAAGGCUCAGGUGUUGGAAAGAGAUCUAUUGAGUCUUCCGGCGUUGGAGUGCCCCUCGCAAGAGAAGACGGCAUGCCGGACUCCUGUUUUUCUUGGCCAUGGCAUGGCGGAUGAGAAGGUGCCGUGGGUGUUGGGAGAGGCGGCGGCACAACUCGUGCGGAAUGCAGGCUAUCAGGUUGAAUGGAAAUGCUACCAAGACCAAGGGCACUGGUACAAGAUUCCCGAUGAAAUCGACGACAUUUGUAAUUUCAUCGUCUCCAGGGUUGGCUGGGAAGUCGCCAGGCCCAUCGCCCGAGUCUAG